CGUCACCACGAGUCAAUCGCUCCAAAAGCAGCAUAAUUAGCAUAAAUAGUUUCUUGAUCAAGGAGUUCGUUGUUGGAAGGAUCUUUUGUUAGUUUUUAUUGGCAAAGUGAGGAGGGAAGCACCAGCUGAAUAUCGUUUGAGUUACGCUCCUGCCGUCAAAAGCAUUCACUGGUCAUGCUUAGCUGAGCACCUGAUGCAAAAAUCUACGCAGGAUAUCGGUAAUCAGUGCACGAGUUCUUGGAUUUGUUACAAAUGGAACGAAUUGAAGGAGAAAAGAAGAUACAGAUUUUCUCUCUCGCGUGUUGAAAACUGCAGACGCUUAACACAGGAGAUGGUGCUUUUGAGCUAACCCUUGAUCCGAAAACGUUUAAGGAGAGUAGCAGUGCUCUGUCUGACGGUUUGAUAGCCAUCAGCGAGGGUUUUUGAGUGAACAAGUUCAUACCCGUUACCAGUCAUCUCAAACUCAAGGGAAUUGCUGCAGUCAAAUCGAAAACAAGACGUUCGAGUUCGAGGCAGACUGUUGAAACUUUCGCUCCUUGUCUGGAUGUGUUGUACAGCGAGUACUUUCCGCCGUUAUGAGUCGUUUAAAGUUGCGUUGGGCCCUCGUUCGUGUCGCACUUAUCAUGUGCAUUAUAUUAGCUGUGCAGUUUUUCAGCCAGCUAGGAUUGCUGAAUGCGCGUCCCCCGAACUGCGAGCAAAUGAAAGUUUUCAAAGAAAGGCUAAGUGUACAAGCAAAUCCUGGCAAUGAGCAGGUUAUAGCCAUACAGAAGGACGAUCCAAUCAUUGAAAAACCUGUCACUAAACAAGAUUUUAAAAACGAUAUUAAGAAUGAACAAAGUAACAUGGAUAUAGAGAAACUUAUUAGUGAUUUAAAGCGUAUAGCGGUGGAACUUUCAGAAACACAUCGCGGAUUAGCGAAUUCUGCGGUGCAUUAUCAUCGAGUCGGGAAGAGCCUUCAAUCUUUAAACAGCGUCAUUCAAUCUUUGGGUGGACAAGCCGUGGACGAUAAAGAACAUUCUCUUGGAGAUAAAAAGGCUGACGCACCAAAGAAGGAAGUUUGCCCCGAGAAGUUCCUAGGCAGAAAUCUAGCUUAUGGAUACCCUUAUUUUAGAAAAGGUUUCGGUAGAAUAAACUGUACAGAAUUUGUUCCUAUGAAUAGACUUGUGACAAUUCUUGUUACGUUACCAGAGGAGCUACCGGCUAAAGAUAAAUAUAAAGUUUUUGAAGGCAUCGCAAAACACUAUUCAGACGUACAGGUUGUCUAUGCAUCACAAGGUCAACUCUCCAAGGACACCAUGACAAAGCUGAAAUUGAAUUUAAAGCAUCACGUCUCUACCAAUUUGAACCAUGGGGAGACAUGGUCUAAGUUACUAGACGAGGUGAGCACGCCCUAUGUCCUUUUUGCCCCGGAGAUAACACACUUUACGGAUGACAUCGAUCUUGAGCGGCUUAUCAGAGUACUUAGUGAUAACAAGGAGGCGAUUAUCGCCGGGGGGAGCCAUCGUAACCUUAAGGGAGAAUGGGACAUCGGCUGUCUUCAACUGACGUUCAGAAAUUGGACAGCUUACUUUAGGGGUGGAUAUUACCACUCGUUCACGGAGUGCGUGGUGUGUGAUGUACUCUCUGGUCCGUUCGUAGCGAAAACCGAGCAACUCAAGCAAGUUUCAUUCGAUGGCAAGCUACCUUUCGGCGUCUUCCAGGAUUUAUUCUGGCGUUUGAAGAUGAAACACCCUGGUAAAAUCGUGAUUAGUUGCCCCGAUGUCAUGUUUAACGUCUACGAUCGGGACAUCACAGACGAUAAAUACGCCGCCCUGGCUAAGAAGUGGGAAGUGAAAAAAUGGGUGGAUUCAAGUGGUAAAGUCCGCUGGUAUGGUUGCAGGCGCGGGCAUUCUUAUACGGGCACAUCCUCGUGUAGUUUUCACAGGGGGCUUGGUGUUCCACCGUGUGAUCUGGAAAACCUUGCUGAUGCUAUCAAGUUUGUAAUGAAAGAGUGUGAAGACGCUGGCUUGUUUUGCGAACUUCAAGAAGGAACGCUACUAGGUGCAGUCAAAUUCAACAAAGUUUUACCAUGGGAACGCGACGCUGAUAUAACUUUCCUUACUGGGAACUACUCGGCGUUUAAGAAGCUCCGUUCAAAGUUUCAAGCAGCUGGCUACAGUCUUAGUGACGAUGACGGCUCCUUGUGGUGCUGCGCAGACGGUCGGCAAGCUGGGGGCAAGUUUAGAAUAGGCACAACCCGCUGGACUCUAGAACUGUAUGGUCAACACAUUAUGGAAUCUGAGACUCUUGUAGCAAACGGUCAGCGGCCGACAAAAGUACAAUUUUCUGGACAAUGGGUGACUGUAAUGCGCAAUCCGGGACUUUUUGCCCGUAAUCGUUACGGACCCGGUAUAUACCGUCACCAGGAACACUGGAUGGAUAUUGGACACGGAACUGGAUGGGCUUUUUACAAUCCCGGCUCCUUUUCAACGUGUGCGCAACCGGGUCAUUCCGGUUGUCUAGACAAGUUUUCUUCCGAUGGUAACUUACAGUUUAGUGAUUACCCGUUCGUUUGAUUUUCGGACACGAGUGGCAAAUUUACCAUCUUUAUAAUGAAUGCUUCUUUUAAAAAUGUGUCGUGGAGGAGAAGAAACUCAAUAAAAUCAUUCAUAACCCCGGAGGAUACAGAUUCGUGAGCUGAUAAUGCGCCGACCAAUUCUAAACUCCAAAAUCCCUCCCCUCAGCCGGGCAUUUGACCGUCGUCCGUGCCCGGAGGGUGGGGAAUCAGAACCUUGCCCUCCCCGUAAAGGCUAUGCCUAAUUUUAUGACUAGAUUUUAGUUUCUUUUUAUGAAUAUGAUUAAUCUUUAUCAUCUGAAACUAUUUAGGUAGCUUUUGUCUAAAUUGGAUCUUACUUAAACUAACAUUUUAUCUGCCUAGUGUGGUGUGCGAUUUGCACAGGUAUAUUUUUCAUUACACUUGCCAAACUCUAGUGAAAAGGAGGAAAAAAGUAAAGACACCGUGAAGAUCUAUAAAUCUAAAUGAAGAAGUAUUUUGAAAGAGAUUACCAAACUUUAGUGGUCUGUUCAAGAAACAUUUAUCUCGAAGUGAAGUAUAUUUUUAAGAGAACAAUUAACUGUGUUCCUAAUGUUACAAAACACUUUGUUCCUAAUGUUACAAAACACUCAGAAACACCUGUUGUUAUUAAUAAAGGGAAAAAUAACCGUG